AUGACGAGACAUAUGGAAGAACAGAAGGGCUCCAAAGGCUCAUCUGUUCUUAUAAAUUGUCCAGAACUUGAUCAUGGUUGUGUUUCAGAUACAAACUGGAAGAACUUCCUGGUGCAGAUUAACAGAGCGGUGCAGAACUACAGGCCAUGCAUAAAGGAAAACUGCAGCUGUCACCAAGGAGUUCGGGAACAGGACUUGGCUCCCUUUCGAGAGGGGAUCUCCAAGGAGUUGCUGUCAGAAGCAAUCAGUCGAAAUCUUGGGACACACUACCAGAUCACCGGGAAGAAGCUGUACCGUGAGCACGAUUGCAUGUUCCCUGCAAGGUGUAGUGGAAUUGAGCACUUCAUCUUGGAGAUCGUUGACCGUCUUCCAGAUAUGGAGCUCGUGGUCAACGUGCGGGACUACCCCCAGGUGCCCAAAUGGACGAAACCUCUUAUUCCUGUCUUCUCCUUCAGUAAGACUUCAGAAUACUAUGAUAUUAUGUAUCCUGCCUGGACGUUUUGGGAAGGAGGACCAGCUGUCUGGCCCAUUUACCCAAGUGGCCUAGGACGUUGGGACAUAUUGAGAGAGGACCUCCAAAGCUCGGCAGAAAAAUGGCCAUGGAAGAAGAAGAUUCCCACAGCCUACUUCCGAGGAUCGAGGACCAGCCCGGAGCGGGACCCUCUCAUUCUUCUUUCACGAGAAAAUCCAGAUCUUGUUGACGCAGAAUACACUAAAAACCAAGCCUGGAAAUCUGAAAGAGACACUCUUGGAAAACCACCUGCUAAGGAAAUUCCUCUAGUGGACCAUUGUAAGUACAAGUACCUCUUUAACUUCCGAGGUGUGGCAGCCAGUUUUCGAUUCAAGCACCUCUUUCUGUGCGGCUCCCUGGUUUUUCACGUUGGGGAAGACUGGCAGGAAUUCUUCUACCCGCAAUUGAAACCUUGGGUCCACUACGUCCCAGUUAAAUCUGAUCUUUCUGAUGUGAGGGAGCUAUUACAGUUUGUGAAAGAAAAUGAUGACGUAGCCCGAGAAAUCGCAGAGAGGGGUCGCCGGUUUAUUGUGGACCAUUUGCAGAUGGAAGAUAUCUCUUGCUAUUGGGAAAGGCUACUAAUUGAAUAUUCUAAAGCCCUGACUUACAAAGUUAAACGGAAGAGUAACUACAGUGAAAUUUCCCCCAGACCACUGAGAACAGAACUGUAAAAGCCACGGUUCCAUUUUCAUCUCGGAACAAAGACUUGUAGACAGUCUUUCAAAAGGGUAACAGUGUUAGUCUGUUGUAGCAAAGUAAAACAGAAAUCAAUUGAUAAACUUGGUUACUUUUAUGGUUGCCACUUGGUUUCAGUUCUACUU